UGUUUAAUUUUAGAUCAUGAUUACUUUAACUAAAAGACUCAAAAAGGAAGCAGAAAACAGAAAUAACAGUAGUACACCAGUAAAACAUGAACAUCCUGCUCCUAAAAGAAUUAGCAUCAGGGACAAGCUUCUUGUUAAAGAGGUUCAGGAAAUGGAACAGACCAUUCCUUCCACAUGCCGAGUAAAGUUUGAGAAUCCUGAUGCUCUCCAUGAAUUCUCUGUGAUCAUUCAACCUGACGAGGGUUUCUGGAAAAGUGGAAAGUUUCUCUUUCAUGUUGUCAUCAAUGAAGAUUACAACAUUUCACCUCCUAUAGUAAAAUGCCUGACAAAACUCUGGCAUCCAAACAUUAGUGAAGAAGGUGAAAUCUGCCUCAGCCUUUUGAGACAGAAUUCUAUUGAUGGGCUAGGAUGGGCCCCUACUAGAAAGUUAAAAGAUGUUGUAUGGGGUCUGAAUUCUCUCUUCACCGACCUGUUAAAUUUCGAAGAUCCUUUGAAUAUUGAAGCCGCAGAGCAUUACCGGAAAGAUCGUUCUUCUUUCGAAGUUAAAGUACGUGAAUACGUGAAUCAGUUCGCAAAGCGAUGAAAUGAUCUUGGCAGUUUUUGUAAGAUUGUGUGCUUGUUGUAUGUGUGCCAGUGAAUUAAUCGUCCAAUUGACCAUAGUGAAUUUACUUUUGUCGAUUCAGAAUAAAAACUCAAUUUCUCCUUUUUGUAA